ACUAACAGCAUGAUCUCAGAAAGGGAUUCGGAGACCACCUUCGAUGAGGAUUCCCAGCCUAACGAUGAGGUGAUGCCUUACAGUGACGAUGAAACGGAGGAAGAGUUGGACAGUCAGCAGCCUGCGGGCGAACCAGGACAAAACCGAAUCAACAGAGACACCGAGGAGAGCCGAGAGCCGUUGAAAAAAGACUGCAGCUGGCAAGUUAAAGCAAAUGAUCAACGCUUCUACGAACAGCCUCAGUUUAAGAGAACGAUAUUUCUGUGCUUCACAAAAAGCAAAUAUGCAGGAAAUGCAAUUAAGACAUACAAGUACAACCCUAUCACUUUUUUACCGCUGAAUCUGUUUGAACAGUUUAAAAGAGCAGCCAACUUUUAUUUCCUUGUUCUUCUCAUUUUGCAGUCGAUUCCCCAAAUAAGUACCCUGUCAUGGUAUACAACACUGGUGCCCUUGCUCUUGGUGCUGGGAAUAACGGCAGUCAAAGACCUAGCGGAUGACAUUACUCGUCACAGAAUGGACAGCGAGGUUAAUAAUAGGACAUGUGAAGUCAUCAGGGAUGGAAGGUUCAAAAACACAAAAUGGAAAGAUAUUAAAGUUGGUGAUAUCAUUCGUCUGAAGAAAAAUACUUUCGUUCCUGCUGAUAUUUUGCUGCUGUCCAGCUCGGAACCAAACAGCCUCUGCUAUGUAGAGACAGCUGAACUAGAUGGUGAGACUAACUUAAAAUUCAAAAUGGCACUCGAGGUAACACACAGAUGUCUUCAGGAAGAAGGCGCGAUGGCAGACUUUAAUGGUCUAAUUGAAUGUGAAGAACCUAAUAACCGACUGGAUAAGUUUGCAGGAACAUUAUUCUGGAGAAACACGAGUUAUUCACUGGAUGCUGAUAAGAUUUUAUUACGUGGAUGUAAAAUCAGGAAUACAGACUUCUGCCAUGGAAUGGUCAUAUUUGCAGGGGCUGAUACAAAAAUAAUGAAAAAUAGUGGAAAGACGAGAUUUAAAAGGACAAAAAUUGACUCCCUCAUGAAUUACAUGGUUUAUACUAUUUUUGUCGUCCUCAUCCUGCUGUCGGCUGGCCUCGCCAUUGGACACACUUACUGGGAGCAGCAGAUUGGCAACUCGUCUUGGUACCUCUAUGAUGCACAAGACCUCAGUCCUCCGUAUCGUGGCUUCCUUAACUUUUGGGGAUAUAUCAUUGUUCUGAACACCAUGGUUCCCAUUUCCCUCUAUGUGAGCGUUGAAGUGAUUCGUUGGGGCCAAAGCUGCUUCAUAAACUGGGACCUGCAAAUGUAUUACCCGGAGAAGGACACGGCCGCGAAGGCCAGAACCACCACGCUGAACGAGCAGCUGGGGCAGAUCCACUACAUCUUCUCUGAUAAGACGGGAACGCUCACGCAGAACAUCAUGACAUUUAAAAAGUGCUGCAUAAACGGCCAAAGAUACGGAGACUGUCGGGAUGGAGCAGGGCAGCUUCAGAGCCACCCAGAGCAAGUGGAUUUCAGCUGGAACCUGUAUGCAGAUGGAAAGUUCUCCUUCUAUGAUCACUAUCUGAUAGAGCAAAUAAAAUCUGGAAAGGAGCCAGAAAUUCAAAAGUUCUUUUUUCUGCUUGCCAUUUGUCACACAGUCAUGGUUGAAACCUCUGAUGGUCAGCUCAACUACCAAGCAGCUUCCCCAGACGAAGGGGCCCUGGUUACGGCAGCCAGAAACUUUGGCUACGUUUUUCUUUCGCGAACACAAAAUACUAUCACUAUAAGUGAAAUGGGGAUUGAAAGAACCUACGAUGUCCUCGCUAUCUUGGAUUUCAACAGUGAUAGAAAGCGGAUGUCCGUCAUCGUAAGAGAAUCGGGUGGAAAUAUCAGGCUGUAUUGUAAAGGGGCCGAUACAGUGAUUUAUGAACGGUUGCACCCAAGGAAUCUAAAGAGAGAAGCUACGGAAGAAGCACUAGAUAUUUUUGCAAAUGAAACUCUUAGGACACUCUGCUUGUGCUACAGAGACAUUGGUCAUGAUGAAUUUGAAGCAUGGAAUAAAAAGUUUGUGGAGGCCAGUGUAGCUACAGCUAAUCGUGAUGAAGCUCUGGACAAAGUGUAUGAGGAAAUAGAAAAAAACAUGACUCUGCUUGGCGCGACAGCUAUUGAGGACAAACUGCAGGAUGGAGUUCCCGAAACGAUUUCCAGACUUUCAAAAGCAGACAUUAAAAUCUGGGUGCUUACUGGUGACAAAAAAGAAACUGCUGAAAAUAUUGGAUUUUCUUGUGAACUCUUAACGGAUGAAACAACAAUCUGCUAUGGAGAAGAUACCAGUGCUCUUCUUCAAACUAGGUUGGAAAACCAGAGGAACAGAGCUGGAUCAAGUACACCUUCCUCUCUAAGAAUGAACGAGCCGUUCUUCCAGGGUAGUAGAGAUCGUGCCUUAAUAAUCACUGGCUCCUGGUUGAAUGAAAUCCUGCUAGAGAAGAAAAAGAAGAAAAAGAAACUUAAACUGAAAUUCCCUAGAACAGUGGAAGAGGAAAAAAAGCAAGCCGAGAAGAGAAGAAGGGCUGAAGCUUACAAAGAGCAGCAGCAGAAGAACUUUGUUGACUUGGCCUGCGAGUGCAGGGCUGUGAUCUGCUGUCGUGUGACGCCCAAGCAGAAAGCCAUGGUGGUCGAGCUCGUGAAGAAAUACAAGAAAGCCAUUACUCUGGCUAUUGGGGACGGUGCCAAUGAUGUAAACAUGAUUAAAACUGCUCACAUCGGAGUUGGAAUCAGUGGCCAAGAAGGGAUGCAAGCUGUCAUGUCAAGUGACUACUCCUUUGGGCAGUUCCGCUACCUCCAAAGACUGCUGCUGGUCCACGGCCGAUGGUCUUACAUUCGGAUGUGCAAGUUUUUAAGAUAUUUUUUCUACAAAAACUUUGCUUUUACACUAGUCCACAUCUGGUAUUCAUUCUUUAAUGGCUUUUCUGCCCAGACAGCAUAUGAAGACUGGUUCAUCACGCUGUACAACGUACUGUAUUCUAGUCUCCCGGUUCUGCUAGUUGGCCUGCUUGACCAGGAUGUCAGCGACAAACUGAGUCUUCGGUUCCCUGGACUGUAUGUUUUGGGACAGAAAGAUUUACUUUUUAACUACAAGAAAUUCUUUUUAAGUUUGCUUCAUGGAGCUAUAACUUCAUUGAUCAUCUUCUUCAUACCUUAUGGAGCUUACCUUAAAACUAUGGGACAAGAUGGAGAAGGACCUUCAGAUUAUCAGUCAUUUGCCGUCACAGCAGCAUCUUCUCUUAUAUUUGUCGUCAAUUUGCAGAUUGGCUUGGAUACCUCUUACUGGACGUUUGUUAAUGCUUUUUCAGUAUUUGGGAGUAUUGCACUUUAUUUUGGUAUCACAUUUGACUUACACAGUGCUGGAAUCCACGUUCUCUUUCCUUCUGCCUUCCAGUUCACAGGAACUGCUCCAAAUGCUCUGAGACAGCCGUACCUCUGGCUGACCGUGAUUUUAUCGAUUGCUAUUUGCUUACUUCCUGUAGUGGCACUGCGCUUCUGGUCCAUGACGAUCUGGCCUUUGGAAAGUGAUAGAGUUCAGAAGAACCGCAAGAAGUACCUGGCAGAGGAGCAGCAGUGGAAGCGAAGGCAGAGUGCUUUUCGCCGAGGGGUCUCUGGCCGUCGCUCUGCUUACGCUUUCUCCCACCAGCGGGGAUACGCUGAUCUUAUUGCUUCCGGGCGCAGCAUACGGAAAAAACGGGCCCCUUUAGAUGCCGUCCUGGGCAGCAGCGUGACGGAGGGGCAGCUGUGCGAAGGCUUCGCUCUCAUCUCCCCCUCCCGGGCCGACGGUGGGCACGGGACG